CCUUUUUCAGGCUCCUCUCUCUCUCUCUCUCUCUCUCUCUCUCUCUCCCAAUUCCAAUAUUCCCAAAUCAUCUUUUGUCUACUUUUCUCUCCCUCUCUAAAAUCUUUCUCAGUUCCCUCGCCUUUCCCAAUCUGCUUUCUUUGACUUGUUUCAGGCUCUUUCUCCUCCAAAAUAUAACCCAUAUAUUCUAAUUUUUCAUUUCUCUCAAUCCAUUUGAAGCUGCAUGAAAGCUGAGUUUCGAUUGGUUCGUUGGUUUCGUUUUCGUGCACAUAAGCUAACAUCAUGUCCACUUUGUUUCUCUGUCGCAGAAAGUUAAGGCCGUCUACACGCAGAAAAAAGUUUUGAACAUAAUAUGGGGUGCUUCACAGGUUUGAAGUGCAAAAAGAAGAAGUCUGAGCAGACUAUUUAUAAUAAGCGUGUCCCGAAGGAGCAAAAACCAGCUGCAUUGCCUGAACCCCAAAUCCAGACCCGAUCGCUACAGUCUGCACCCCCAAGUUUUAGGAACAGAGUGAAACCUAUUCAACCAGUUAAUAGAGUCAUCAGCAAUAGAGCACGAGCAUUAUCAGCUCCAUCGACCCUUGAUGCAGCAGACCAAGACGAUCUCUCUGAAUAUGAAGAACCAGAAGACUCAAAGUACCGGCCUGGAAUAGUGAAAGAACAAUUGUCACCGGUUCCCCAACCUCUUCCUCUCCCAUCGCCCCAGGUUGCCGCUGCACUGAGAACUACGGGAAGUUUUAAGUCAGUGACUAAUAGUGGCCCUCUCUAUGCUUCUGGACCAUUGCCACUCCCUCCUACGGCAGCACUACCUACUGGAACAAUACCUACUGGAACACUACGGAACUUUUUAUAUGAAGAAAUAGCAUCAGCUUGCCACAACUUUUCUUCAGACCGAUGCAUGUCUGAAGGCCUUUCUUCUAUUAUAUAUAAGGCUUCCUUUGGAGAUGAUUCAUUGAGUUCAAAAAAGUUUGAAGCUACUGUUACUCGCCUUCACCCAUCCACUCAGGGUUUAAGGGAGUUCAUAAAUGAGAUAAACACCCUUGCAACUUUGCAACAUCCAAACCUCUGUAAAUUGCUUGGCUUCCAUGCACGUGAGGGUUCGGAACAGAAAAUGCUGGUGUAUGAGAGGCUCUUUCAUGGAAGUUUAGACCGCCUUUUGUAUGGAAGAUCAGAGAAGCCUCCGAUAGACUGGAAUACAAGAAUGAAAAUUGCUUUAUGCGCUGCACAAGGUCUUACUUUCUUGCAUGAAGAAGGGCCUUUCCAGGCAAUGUACAAUGAAUUUUCAACCGCCAACAUACAGAUUGAUAAAGAUUUUAGUGCAAAGCUUUCAGGAUAUGGUUGUGUCGGCCAAAUUCCCGAGGCAGAGAUCUCCAAUAGUUCCGUUGCAGUGGCAAAUCUAUCAGUGGAGACACUCGAGAGAGGAAUGCUUACUCCAAAAAGCAAUGUCUGGAGUUUCGGAAUUGUUCUUCUGGAACUACUCACUGGCCGGAGGAAUCUAGACAGCCGUCACCCCAAGGAAGAGAGGAAUUUAGUUAAGUGGAGCCGGCCUUUCUUAGCCGAUGACUGCCGACUUUCGCUAAUCAUGGAUCCUCAGCUGAAAGGUCGCUUCCCAUCCCAAGCAGCCAGAAGGGUGUCAGACAUUGCACAGAAAUGCCUUCAGAAGGACCCAUCAGAAAGGCCUACCAUGAGAACCGUAGUUCAGCAUCUCAAGAUCAUACAAGACAUGAAGCACUCGUGCAGGUUUCCAUUGCAAGAGCCAGCAUUUGCCGGAAAACACAUGUCAAGAUCACCCAGCCUUAAUGGAAUUCUUACCCCUGCGCCUCGGUUAAGUUUCUCUCCUUCACCACCAUCAGCCACCCGUCCAUCCAUUUCACCUACAAGACGACCUGCCCUACUUACGGCUCUACCUCCACGUGCUUGCUCCUCCACUCUCACCUUUGAGGGGCUAGACCGGCAGGAAAGCCAAAAAUCAUCAUCAUCGACUGUUCCUAGGGCUAGUGUUGAGGGAUUUUGAUUGUUUAUAAUGUGCCUUUUUUUCAUUUUAUUUUUUCAUUUGUUGUUUGUCGUGAUUCGACACAAUAUAUAGAAGAUAAAAGAUGUGAUUCCACCUUACUGUCGCCUCGUCUUGCAGACGACGAAACAGUGAGGAUGUCCUCUUGUAGAUAUAAUGCAUCACUGGUUGGUACUAGUAAACAUCUAGUUUCCCUCUCGACUACUCGAAAUCCAAUCAAUUCAGUUUCUGUUUUUCAA